AUGCCCAUACAGGAUAAAAGCCCUAACUCCGUUCCCCGGAAGAAAGCGUACAAGUCUAGCCGACGUAAUCGCGUCCCACUAUCAUGUGAGCCGUGUCGUGCUAGGAAGCCUUGUCAUAACUGUACAGUUCGUGACGAACGGGCGUCUUGCAAGUAUGAAAGUCCAAAGAAUAUAUCGGCAACGGAACUUCAACAUCAUCCUAGUAAGCGAGGGAACUCAAUGCAGCAACGGAUCAACCAUUUGGAAGAUCUGGUAAAAAAUUUGAUAUCACAGCAUCAGCAGGCCCCAGUAUCUACGGGUGGUGCUGGCACCGGAUCAUCAAUGGAAACUUCCGUUUUUAAAGCUUCAGAUUCAACACAUAGUCCCAGCAAAAAGGUGAUUGAUGGUGCUUAUUCCGUUUAUAAAGGUGGAGAUGACUGGUAUGAUGUACUGCAGGAGAUCAACAACCUCAAGCAAGUCUGGAACGAAAGCCAAGGCGAUCAACCUGGAUAUAACGCGGCUCCUACAUUACCAAAUAUGGCUGAUGGGUCAAGCUUGCUCUUUGGCCAAGUUCAACGAAUAGAUAAGAUAGAGUUAUUGACCACAUUACCGCCUAAACACCAGGUUGACAAGCUCAUACAUCAUUUCUUUGACCGGGAAAACUUCCCUAUACCGAUCGUUCCUAUAUUACAUGAACCGACUUUUAUGCGUGAGUAUGCUGAACACUGGAAAGAUCCCACCAAGACGAGCGUCAUAUGGCUAGGACUACUCUUUUCUAUUCUGAGCAUCAAUAUGCUUGCCUACCAACAAUUCGGCGAACCACUUGAUUAUGAAGGAAGGUCCGAAUCUUUAUUUCAGCUUUACCGACUACGCACAGCACAAUGCUUAAUAGUCGGUGACAUCGCCAAGUGUCUACCGUACACCAUCGAAACAUUGCGUCUGAAUGCAACGGCUGAACUGAAUCGAAAAGACGAUAAUAGUCGAGGUCUCUGGAUAAUGACUGCAGUUCUUGUCCGAGCUGCAAUUAACAUGGGCUAUCACCGCGACCCUUCUCAAUUACCAUCGAUCCCGCCCUUACAAGCAGAAUAUCGACGCAGAGUUUGGAUAGCCGUUAGUGAAAUGGAUGAUAUGGCUUCGUUCGUUGCGGGUUUUCCGCGUAUGAUCUCAUCAGUAUACGCUGAUACCGUGGAGCCGCGAAACGUUCAUGACUGGGAGCUCUCAGAUGAUCUUACCGUGCUUCCACCUUCAAGACCCAUGACAGAGGCAACAGCUGUAUCCUAUCUGAUUUUCAAGACACGACUUUUCCAAGCCCUAGGUCGCAUUACCGACUUCAACAAUACCCCUACUGGAGGUUCUUAUGAACAAGUCCUCGAUAUUGACAGUAACCUAUCCAGAUUAUAUAACGAUCUCCCCGAAGAAUUGAGACUACAUAGCGAGAGAUGGGGGUGUACUGCAAGUGGUAAAAAGGCCACCGGCUCAAACAUGCAGCUGGAGCUUCUGUAUCAUCAAGGCAUGUGCCAACUUCAUCGAAGAUUCAUCACAAAGGGUAGAACGAACCCUCAAUACAACCACUCGCGCGAUCGAUGUAUAUCGUCGGCACUUGCAAUACUGGAAUUCCAGCAAUUUAUGGAACCAUUCUGGUAUGAUUUCUCGCGGGCCAGAAAAGUGCUUACGCUCUCUGCAAUGAUACUUUUUCUAGAGUUGGAAUGCAGGCGCAGAACCCCAGAUCUGAACAGCGUAAGCAGCUCCAAUAGCAGUGAUGAUAUACUACAAGCAUUGAACACAUGUUGUGUUCUUUGGGAGAAAGCUCAAAGUGUUUGCGACGAUCCUCAAAAGAUUUUCAAAAUUCUAUCGGGUAUGCUUUCGAGCUUCCAGGCUUCGGCCACGUCCAGCUCUUUGUCGCAGCCAGAGACAACGAGCCCUCUUUUUGAAUUCCCGGGGAUGAUGAAUUUGUCGCUACAGCAUGGUCACGACACUUUCUCUGAGGAUAAGGAUUGGCUUUCUGUGUCGAAUGAAAUGAUUGAAAUGAACAUUGAUUGGGCUUCAUGGGAUGCUUUUAUCGAAGGUGCAAUCUUCGAGAAUAGAGAUUAA